AUCUUGAUACUUUGAGAGGGACAACAUAUAGAAACUCACAACAAUGUCAAAACCCCAAGAGGACUUCCUCGACAAGACCUCACGGUUCUUGGCCAAGCGCGAGGGUAUUGAUAAGACGCUUAAACUCCUCCGAUAUACAGCCAGACUCGUUGUAUCUCUUCAACCAAAGGACCAGGAGCUGACGAAGCGGCUGGCAGCCUUCGAGAAGAGCGUCGGCGUGUCGCGAAAAGCGUUCCGUCUGGGCAAGUUUCUGCAAGACGUCAACAGCUUGCGCCACAGCCAAACCAAGGACGCGCAAUUCGUGCUUGAGCUGGUCGCGUAUGGGGGCGAGGGCAUCUACUACUUCCUGGAGCAGUUUACAUGGCUCGUAAAGACCGGGGCGCUAAGCAAGGACCUGGAGGAGCGGCUGGCGUACGCGUCGGCCCUUGCGGAGCUGGUGGGCUACGCAGGGAACAUCUGGCUGUCAUUCCUGAAGCUGCAGAAGCUCAUGCAGCAGGAGCGCGAGGUGGAGGCGACAAUCACCAAGACAUGCAAGGAGGAGGGCGUGACGGACUCGGCUCUUGAGGCCAAGCUGGGGGCGGUGCGCUUCCAGCGGCGGCUGCGCACCGCCUUCAUCGUGCAGGACCUGGCGGACAGCGUCAUGGCGCUCAACGACGUGGCGGGUGGCAAGAUCCGCGGCAUCAGCAGCCCGGUGGUGCUGGCGCUGGCGGGGCUGACGUCAGGCAGCAUCAGCUUCUACAAGAACUGGAACCUGUAGGGCGUGUAGCUAGGUGACACGGCAGUAGCGGCAGCAGGAGCGACAGCAGCGGCAGUAGCAGGAGCUGCGGCGGCAGGAGGUGUGUGCUCGAUGUCGGGUGGGCCGUGCAGCGGCAGCACGUGUCGAAGGAAGGACGGUAGGUCCUCCGGACGGAGCCAAUUGCCCCCAGGGCAGCGGUCCAGGGGCUGAUAGCGGGCCGUGUGCGUGGCGGUGUGCGGGGAGUGCCGUGCUGCAUCACGGGUGGGCGGUUGGUGACAUGGUACCGUGGUGGGAAAUGGAUUCAAGAAUUUGCUUUAUUAUCACCAUGGACUGUUAUUGACUUGGCUUGCUGUAUUUGCUGUUGGACCAGACGGCGACGCGAAGCGGGUGAGGCCGCGCGCGAGUGCGGGGAUGUCGCUGCGCUGGUGAUUGGACAAGGGCAAGGAAGCGGGCCGCCACUGCCCUGGGGCGGGCGGCGUGUCGUGGGGCUCACGUGUGGGGGGGCAUGCCAUGACCGUUCGGAGGUGACUCGUGCUCGCAGGAUGUGGCUGGUAGGACUGAUGCGAGCGGCUGCAAUAUGCCACCUGCUGCGCGAACCUGGAGGCCGGCAAUGCGCAGGCAGGGAAGAGGGUGCACGACACGGCUUGCACGUAUGUGUGGACACCCUUGCGCAUAUUACAACUGCCCGGCAGCAGCCCCCUGCCCCCUUCUUUGACUCGUACAAUAUGGUAGCCAAGCAAUUGCAGCCUUGUACCGGUAUGCUGCUGACGAUAAUCCAGCUCUUGACGCAAGGGCCUUGGGACUAGGGGCUAGUGCAGACCUACGCAGUACAACACCUCUAACGCCUCUCUCGUUCA